AUGUCUGUUCAAGCACCAUAUAUGGCUCACUAUUUGCCGGUUUCGCCGUCGUUGCGUCACUGCCUUCAAGGACGGAAUCUGGCUUCUAGCAUCGCCUUGCCCAAGCCACCAUCAGCAUCGGGAUAUUCCUCAACAACACUGGGUCACGGCCUCAGAACACCGCCGGUCGACGACGACAUGAGUGCAACAUACCAACCUGCCAUGACGACUUACGGGAGUCACAAUGUCCACGCAUAUCCUGUACCAAUGGCUCAUGCCAGUCACAUCAAGCCGGUUAUGGACGAUGCAAGAGUGCCCCAGCCAUAUCGAUACCCCUCUCAACAAUUAUUGGCACAGAAUGGAACAUACUCGUCGCCGCUGCCAGACUCGUCGCUUCACCAAGCAGUCAUGCCCGCUACACCCUUGGCCGAGGUUCCAGUCCCUUCAAAACGAUCUGAUCCGGUGACACGACGCGGCUCAGAAACCCUGAUCUAUCAUAGCUUGCAGUUACCCAAAUGCAUAAGUCCAACUGGCGGCAAUCUCUCGGACUUUGCAGCUCAGAUGACUUGCUUGUUUUGGUUCGAAAGCAUCGAAGAACUCAAGAAUGCCGAGACGAUGCGACCGAGCGCCGCAAACAUUCCCAUCUCCCGGCUCCCUGCUUUGGCGAGACCGCACGACCAGUUUCUCAAGUGGAUAUACAAUGUGCUGUCCACGACGCAAGUUACGCAAAACGUCAUUUUCCUGGCCCUCCUGUUCAUUUAUCGGUUGAAAAUGUCGACGCCGCAAAUCAAAGGCCGCGCCGGGAGCGAGUACCGUCUCCUGACAGUAGCGUUGAUGCUUGGCAACAAAUUUUUGGACGAUAACACGUAUACCAACAAGACCUGGGCCGAAGUCUCUUGCUUCGCAGUCCAGGAAAUUCAUGUUAUGGAGGUUGAGUUUCUCAGCAAUAUGCGCUACAACUUGUUAGCCUCCAAGGAUGAGUGGGAGCAGUGGAUUACGAAGCUCUCCUGCUUCCAUGAAUACUAUCAGCGUGCUUCGAAGCUUCCGGCGUCACCGGUCCACAAGCCUUCUCCCACGCACAGGGCCCUACAUUCCCCACUCCCUUCGCCGACCGCAACAGGCAUGCCGCCCAGCAUGGCCGCUGUGAAAUGCAACCUGUCACCCAGUUCCCGACACUCUCGCAACACUUGCACAUACCAGGCGAAUGCUACGUCUCCUCUAGCAGGAAAGGUUUCUAUUCCCCUGCCUCGUUCGAGGAAACGAAGUCCCGAUGGAUACUUGGCCGAACAUCCAGCCAAACGACAUGUCUUCUCGGCUGCCCCCAGCGCCAGACCACCCAACGCAACUCUUGACAAGAACAUGACCAACAGCAACAGCAACCGGCUGCCAGUCCCGCACCUGACAGUUGCAACGAAUCAGCAAUACGUGGGCGGCAUUACUCAUGCAGCUCAGAGUGCAGGCACCGCGUCUCAGCAAAUGGUCUCGUUGCCCCCUCUGCAACCAGGUGUCCGGGCAUUGUCGACGAUGUAUCAGGUCAACCCCUCGGUUGGCCUGGUCCAAGCACAACCAGUCGGCGCAGUCACUUCAACCACCCCCGCGCCAAGGCCUAUGUAUCCGGUUCCUACACUGGCAACGCAGGCUCCAAUCGGAUUCGGUACCCCAACGAAGCAUCACAGUCCAGGAAGAGUAGUGGCCAGCUACGGUUCUUCCCCGUUGGUCGAGUCUUUUGGACAGACUUCAGCCAUUCACACACCAGUGGUCCAUACGCCCAUCUCGAAUUCUCCAAGCGUCUAUCUGCAACAUCGCGCUAGCCCUUACAAGCCAAUUCGGCAUGUCAACCGACUAUUAUAUCCUCCCCCGUCGGCAUCCCUGGACCAAUAUCAUAUCUCGAGUUUCUGGUGUACAAUCGUGGCCAGUACCAACAGCAAAUCCCGUCACAGGGCAUGCUGCAACUACAACAACAACGACAAGGGCACUACCCAGUCUAGGAACAUUGUGACUCAAUCUCGUCUAGCGUUGAGCGGCCGGUCCCGGUGCUCGAGUGUUUGGCCCCCUUUGUCCCCAAACGAAGGGCAUUUCAUCAAGCAAACCAUCAAGCGGAUACCAAUUUUUCUUCUUCUGAACCUUCCAAUUAUACACUCGCUUAGAGGGUUUUGGAUGAGGUUGUGUUAA